GGCAGACGGGCCGUUACGUGCUGCGGGAGAAGGAGCGACAGCCCCUGCCACUGGAAUGUCCCUUGGAGUCGCUGGCCAAGUGUGGGCAAUAUGCCAACGACGUGCAAUUCAUCCUGCGCCGGACGGGCCCCAGCGUGGCUGAGCGACCCUCCUCGGAGGGUGCUCCCCAGGCCCCUGAGAGGACGUUCAUCCGGGCCAGCUUGCCCAUAAAGCCCCGGCCCACCGGCAUGGAUGCCCCUUGUUCCCGGGAGCCUAAAAAAUCCAUGACCUUCAACUUGGGUCCUAUGGGCUCCAGCGACUCGUUCAGUGUGAGCCGCUGGAGACACCAAGCACGGGAAGGGAUGGACUUGGAGGGUGGUGGGGUUGUCCAGCCCUCCAAGGAGGAGCUGUUUCGGAGGGUGCUGCGGCAGCAGGAGCAGCUACAUUCCUUGGAGGCCCAUGGGGACACCUUGGAGACGGACCUACGGCUGUGGGAGCGCAGCCGGCUCACCGGGCAGGAGGAUGAGAUCCUCUACCUGGAGCACCUGGUGCGGAGGAACGAGACAGAGCUGGGUGAGGAGGAGUUUUGGCAGAGCGAGCUCCGGCUGGAGAAGGAGUGUGAGCGGGAGCGGCAGGAGCGGGUCAGGAGCUUGCGGGCCAGCCUGGAGGAGUACACCCAGAGGAUCUACGAGCUGAGUGCUCGGACUGAAGCCCUGCAGGAGGAGAUCCAGUGGGAGAUGGCUGAGAGGGCCAAGAGGGGGAAGGAGACCCCUGCACCCAGCUCCACAGAGCUGGAGGACAUGGCUGCCAAGAUGAAAAGGGACCUGGAAGCCAAGGUCAAGCAAAGCACCCAGCUGGAGAGCAACCUGGCCAGCGUGGAGAAGGCCCUGGAGGAAGCUGAAAGGAACCUGCAGGCCCAGACCCAAGAGCUGGAGGAAUUAAAUAAGGAGCUGAGGCAGUGUAAUUUGCAGCAGUUUAUUCAGCAGACGGGGGCC